AUGGCUCGAUUGCCGCCGAAGCGCCCCUCGUCCAUCUGGCCCGGGUCUUCCAAGCCGUCGCGGCAGUCUGUAUCAGCCACCCGGCCUGCUCCGCGUCGAUGGGGGGCCUUUGGAGGCGGAGCAGGCGGUUCGUGGGGCUCGUUCGCUUCGGGUGUCGCUCGCUCCACGGCCGGCUCGCUGGCCAACGGUGGUCUCCUCCCCCAUGAACGAGAAGCGCGCAAGCAGACGGCCGCCUCGGCACCUCCGCCUAAGCCUACGCCAGCUGCCCCUAGACCAACGCCCCCGAAUCCGGCUCCUAGGGGUCAAAGGCCUACGAGGGGAGGCCUCAGGCACGGCCUCGCCGAGGCCCAAGUCAACAUGUCAAGAUCUGUUCUCGCCAAUGUCUUCAACACGGACCGCGAGCCGCGAUCGCGACCGACUCCCGUGUCGUGGACAGCUCCGGAUCAGCACUCAGCGUCGAAAGCAUCCCCCGGCGGGGUGGCAGGGCCAGCGCAAUCACCCCCUGCGCAACCCAGACCUGGCUUGGGCCUUUACGGCAACCGCAAGUUGACCGUGCUGGAAUCGCCAAAGCCUUCGGGCAGCCCAGGGCCGCCGCAGCGGCAAGCAUGGGGCUCCUUUGGCGACCGUAGAGCACAAACAGCGGAGCACGUGGCACAGCCCGCCGGGCGAGACGGAGUGGCGCACACCAUCGGAUCCUUUUCUUCGAUGCUGGAGCUGGCCAAUGCCAGCAAACAGCCACCCAGCAAGCCCAGGGCCAACGAUGAGGAUUUUUGGGGAGAGCUUGAGAACAGGUUCGCCAGCUUCAAGGACAAUAGCAGGAAAGGCCGGGAGGCUGCCGCCGCCCCCUGGACAGCGAAGCAAACCCAAGAGGGGUCGUCAAAACCAGCCCACGAUGCCAACACUCAUAAGUCAGGCGGCGGUCAAGACACCACAUUGACUGAAGUGCAGCGGCAGAGGCGCCUGAUGAGGUAUGAGAUUGAAGACGAGUCAAUGCGGAAUCAGACCUUGAAAAAGUCCAAGAAAGUCCACAGGCGGGGCCGGGGCGAGCAGGACGAUAGCGAGUGGGAUGACGAGGCUGUCUACCGUUGGGAGCAACGGCAACGUGCCAAGGCCGAGAAGGAGGCCCGAAAGCAACGAGCCGUCCCGGAUGAGCCGACGGCGGUCCCCAUUUUCCUCCCCGAAUACAUCAGUGUAUCGAACCUGGGACAGGCGUUGAAGCAACGCGCCAACCGAUUUCUCAAGGACAUGGAAGAAAUGGGGUUCGAGAACAUCACGCUCGACACCAUCAUGGCGGGUGACACGGCGGCCCUCGUCGCGAUGGAGUAUGGGUUCGAGCCAACCAUUGACACCGGCUCGCAAAGAGACCUGAGGCCUCGGCCGCCACCCGCAGAAGCCUCGUCUCUGCCUGGACGCCCUCCAAUUGUCACCAUCAUGGGCCAUGUCGAUCAUGGCAAGACAACUCUCCUCGACUGGCUGAGAAAGUCGUCCGUCGCCGCGCAGGAGCACGGGGGCAUCACGCAACACAUCGGUGCGUUUGUGGUUAAGAUGUCGUCGGGCAAGCCCAUCACGUUCCUUGACACGCCCGGGCAUGCCGCCUUUCUGUCCAUGCGCCAGCGCGGAGCAAAUGUGACCGACAUUGUCGUGCUAGUGGUUGCGGCAGACGACAGCGUCAUGCCGCAGACGAUUGAGGCCCUGAAGCAUGCCACGGCGGCCAAGGUGCCCAUUAUUGUGGCCAUCAACAAGAUUGACAAGGAGGACGCGCGCGUUGACCAGGUCAAGAUCGAUCUUUCGCGACAUGGGGUUGAGAUUGAGGACUACGGAGGGGAUGUCCAGGUCGUCUGUGUCAGCGGCAAGACUGGCCAGGGCAUGAACGACCUGGAGGAGAACAUCGUCACGCUCUCCGAGGUUCUCGACGUGCGCGCCGAGACGGACGGCAUGGCUGAGGGCUGGGUUCUAGAAUCGAGCAUCAAGCAAGACGGCAAGGUGGCCACGGUCCUCGUCAAACGAGGAACCUUGAGGCUCGGCGACUUUAUUGUCGCAGGGAAGUCGUGGGCCAGGAUCCGUUUGCUGCGAAACGAGGCGGGCACUGAACUCGACGAAGCAUCUGCAGGGACGCCCGUCGAGGUACUCGGCUGGCGAGACCUGCCCCCUGCCGGAGAGCAGGUGCUGCAGGCUCCCGACGAGGGCAAAGCCAAGUCGGCGGUCGAAUAUCGCAUGGAAAUGGCUAACCGGGAGGAGAGCUCCUUGCAGCUCGCCGAGCAAGAGCAGCGGCAGCGGGAAAAGGCUGCGGCAGAAGCUGCGGAAGCGGCGGCGGCGGCAGCGGGCGAGGAGGCACCGGCCGAGUCCACGAUAGCCGAACAGUCCGGGGUGCUGCAGCAAAACUUUUGUGUCAAGGCGGACGUGGUCGGCUCCGUUGAGGCGGUCUGCAGCAGCAUCCUCGAGCUGGGCAACCACGAGGCGCAGGCGACGAUCCUGCGCUCCUCGGCGGGCCAGAUUUCGGAAUACGACGUGGACCAUGCGGCCGCGUCCAACAGCAUCCUGGUCAACUUCAACAUGCCGGUGCUGCCGCACAUCAAGCAGCGCGCCGAGGCGGCCAAGGUCAGGAUCCUGGACCACAGCGUUAUCUACCACGUCGUCGAUGAUGUCAAGGCGGCGCUGUCAGCGCUGCUGCCCGAGGCGGUGUCGACGCGCGUCGUGGGCGAGGCAGACAUUCUGCAGGUCUUUUCCAUCAACACCAAGAAGCGGACGUUUAAGAAUAUUGCGGGCUGCAAGGUGCGCAACGGAGCCAUCAAGAGGUCGUCGCGGAUCAAGGUGCUGCGCAAGGGCCGAGUCAUCUAUGACGGACACAUCGACACGCUCAAGCACGUCAAAAAGGACGUCAUGGAGAUGGGCAAGGGCACCGAGUGCGGAAUCGGCCUGGAGGGCUUCCAGGACUUUGCGGUGGACGAUCAGAUCCAGACUUACGAGGAGAUUAAGGAAAAGCGAUCCUUGUAG